UGCACCGUUUGACUAUUUUUUUUUUUUGCAUUUUUAUCUAAAGUUCAAUAUUUUCGGGUUUUAAGCCGAAAGCGUAAUGCAGUAGCAAUGUCAUCUAUUUGAUUUAUAUGUAAACAAUGUCAAAUGUUGCGAAGAUAGCUCAGAUAUCGUUACUUAAUGCCAGAAAUUGUUUAGAGGCACGAAAUUAUGGGAGAGCUUUUGCCAAUUUUCUGUUGUUUUUGAAGCUCAAAUCUGAAUCCGCAGCAGAUGUCUACACUGAAUUUGCUCUGGCUACGAGGGAAUGGUGUGAGCAGCUGGAGGAAGAAAACCGACUGGAAGAUCUGUUUAAAUGUUAUGAUCAAGCAUGUGAACUCUUUCCUGAUCAUGAUGUUGUACUCAACAAUAUUGGGGCGCAGUUGUUCAGGCUAGGUUACGUAGAAGAGGCAGCUGCUUAUAUCAGGAAGUCCCUACUGGUCAAUCCAAAUUACCUAGCAGCACGGGACAAUUUGGAAAAUGUUUGUAGCCACUUGGUUGAGAGAUGGCAUUUUUCAAUGCUCAAUGAUAAAAGACGCAACAUUGCGUUCAAGUUUGCUAUUGACAAAGCGAUCAAAUCAGGUUACAACACUGUGUUGGACAUUGGGACAGGAACCGGAAUCUUAAGUAUGAUGAGCGAGUUUUCUGGCGCGUUGGAAGUGACAGCUUGUGAUGGAUCUCGUGCCAUGGUGGAUGUUGCACGUGAUGUACUGCUAGCCAAUGGUGUUUACAACAAAAUCAAACUACUUCAUAAACACUCCUCUGACAUUCAAAUUCCAGCAGAUCUUUCUUCAAGAGUGAAGUUAGUUGUCACAGAAACAUUUGAUGCAGGAUUGUUUGGGGAACAUAUCGUGUCUACGCUGAUCCAUGCCUGGAAAAAUCUCAUAUCAACAUCACCUAUGGGGACUGUAAUACCAUGUGGGGCCACCAUGUAUGUCUGCGGCAUUGAAUGUGAAACCAUAAGGACACAGAGCAGGCUUUUGUAUCCUGUCCUACAGAACCUGGAUGUCAGUCAUAUCAACUUGUUAUGUAACACUGGCCAUAUUGCAGAGGAACCAUACACAACGGAAAACUUGGCAAAGAUCAGGGGAGGUUAUAAAAUUCUAACAAACAUUGUGGAACUUCUUAGAGUGAGCUUCUGUAAUCUUUGUGAGUUAGAGGCAUUACACAAAGGAAAGGACUGGAUGUGUGAUUUAUAUGUAAAACAACAUGGCCGCCUUGAUGCCCUUGCUGUUUGGUUUGACCUUCACCUUGAUGAUACUAUCACCAUAGGAACAGGGGCAGAUAAGAAGAGCUGCUGGGAACAAGCCAUUUAUCCUGUAACCUCUAUGAAAAGACAGCAGUCAAACAGCCAUGAAAACUGUCAUGUGAAAAGGAAGGAGAAAGUGAGAACAACAUUCCAUUUUGAAUACGAUUGUCUAAGACUGGCCAAAUGUGAAGUGCGAAAUGAACAGCUCAAAGCUUCUGCAGUGCAGAAUGUGAGAGCAAAGAAUUUACUGACAGAUGUUACUAAAAUUAAUGAUUCUGUGCAAACAAGUAGUGGAACGUCCGUGAAAGAGUGCAGUGCCAAUUGUUUACCAUUCCGAAAAAGAAAAGUGGAAAGCUCCGAUUCAGAUGCAUACACUUGCAGUUGCAAAGCAGAUUUAGGUGUCGGUAAACCAGAUAGCGACCCUUUAUUUGAUGGUGCUUUAAAGAGCUUAGUUGAAGAAAUUGAUCCAUUUGAAAGCACACCUCAAAGCCAGUUUCAGAGUGUUGAUGGUUCAACUAGUUCAGGUCUUGGACUUGAAAAUGUUUCCCAUAACUCAGAGCUGUGUGAAUUUGAAAUGGUUAACAGGGAAACCAUUAAAAAUGUUGAAAACAUGAAAUGUGUAGACAAAGUUUGUGGGAUUAGUUCCGAUAAUGAAACAGUAGAAAAUGUUAAGGGUACCUCAAGUUUGGAUGUAGACAUGCAUAUAGAAAUGGAAAAAUGCUCUUUGGAUAUGAAUGUGACAGAUUCAGAAAAUAUGGCUGGUGCUGUAGAUGGAAAUGCUCAAUCAGCAGGAAAGUUUGAAGUGAUGCCACCACUGGAGUAUAUUGAUAGUGUUACAAUGUCCGAGAAUUGUUCACAUUCUGUUCCGAAGUUGACAUCCUAUGGCGAGCAAGUUGACAUUGAGUUUGUAAAUGACAUACUGCUAAAUCGCCAUUACUGCCAUAUUCUCGAGACAUUCCGUUCGCAAAAACCUGGAUCUUAUUUAUCAAUUCUGUAUAUAACACCAAGAUUAUCUUUCCUUGGCAUUCAGGCUGCCAAAAUGGGUUAUAAUAGGGUAACCAUGGCAACACCAGAGGAACAUCAUAAUACUCUACACCAGGUGGCAGCACUGAAUGGCUGUAAACCAGGGGAGAUCAUUCUGACGGAGUUGUCUGACCUGAAUGACCUCGAAAUGGAAGUGGAUGUGAUUGUAUGCGAUGUGGUAGAACCAUGUGGUGCUUUGAGGCAGCAGGUGCUGGAAGAUCUAGUCUACCACAGAGUUGCAAGUUUGAAAAGUGGUGGGUUGAUUCUCCCAGCAGAGGUCAAAGUUCAUGGACUAUUUAUAGAAUCAGAGGAACUGGAAAGUUUGAGUCAUGUGACAGGAAAUGACCGAACUUUAGGAUUUCAGAUAGCUGAAUUUAUCAAUGUUUUCCAGAUGCAAAAUCACAUGAACAUUGACAUGACAACCUUGAACUACACCAAACUUACAGAAGUACAAGAACUUCUCUCCCUUGAUAUAAGUGGCAUCUCCAUGGAAACAACUAGAAAUGACCUUGAGCAGACUGUUGAAAGGUCAAUAGAGGUCUUGACGUCUGGAAAGGUCACAGCUUUAGUGUAUUGGUUUGAAUUGAAGUUGAGCAAGGACAUUAUAAUCAGCACCUUGGAUUCUCGUUGCCAUUGGAAACAGGCAGGAAUCAUAAUCAAAGAUGAUAUCUCCAUGGUAACCGGUCAACAUAUUGUUACCAAGGUUACAUUGCAAAACAGUUGUCUUGACGUUCAGAUAAUAAAACCAAAGAGUGUUAAUGGACAUGUAUAGGCAGGAAAAUUAAUUCAUUUAAAACGUAAUGUCCUCCUGAUGCACAUCUUGUUAGAAAAGAGUAACAUUGGCAAUGAAAUAUUAAAAUUAGUAAAUCAGUAUUAAGUCAAUACUUAAAAGAUAAUUUUUUAUGAUGCUUGUAUUUUAGAUCAAAUCUUAUUGUAUGACUAACAUAGAAAACUGCUUUUCUAAACAUUUACACACAACACAAAUGCUUGUACAAAUAAAUUUUUACAAUAACUAGAAAUGAUUUGUUUCCUAGAUUUUCUUCAAUGAUAUAGGUAUGGCAUUCUCUUAGGCGGGGAGAUGGGGGAUAAAGAAACAGUUUCCAGUCAAUAACUGAAGUUUAGACUGAAAUAUAGUCACCAGACUUGGUAUACACGGAUACAUGAUUUAGAAUUGUAUUUUGGGGUGCUAGAGUCAAAGUCGCUGCUUCUAAAAGUAGAGAAAAACAGUUUCCACUUAGUAACUUUAGUUUGGAUUGAUAUGUUGAAAUGAAUAUAGCCUAAAAAUAGCAUAUGGAAAAACAAAGUUUCAGAUCACAUAUUCAGACAGAAUGAUCAAGGUUAAGGCUACUAUAACUAAAUUUUGCUGUUGUAUAUAUACAAAAUAAAGCCACUGUUGUGCACUGAGUUUAGGAACUUUGAAGGGUAGCAGACAGGUAGAGUAUAAAAUCCUAGUCAAGGUUUUGAUUCUUUUUUAAACAAUUUUUUAAGAAUUGCAGUGUCACAAUUAUUAAAAAUAGAAAAAAAACUGUUUGCUUAAUAACUAGUUUGAAUUGCUUAUGAGGUGGUUUUCAGUCACUAUCAGAAGUUAGAAUUUAAGUUUUGUCACCAAAUGUGGUGUAUAGACUUUGUGUAAGAUUAUAUGGAGAACUUGCUUGGGAUUGUAUUUCUGGCAACUGAGGUCAAGGUCAAGGUAAUUGUAACUGAGAGUAUUAACUCUAAAUGCAAAUGCAAUAUUGGGAUGAAAAUUGAUAUGUUGUUAGCUUACCAGGAGAGAAGGGAUAGGAUUGCAUAUAGGGUCUUUUGGGUCAAGGUCACUGUUAUUAAGAAUAUGAAAAAAAGUUUCUGGGUUUUACUUUAUAUUGUCACCAAAAGUUGUGUAUUGCCAGCAUACAAAAAAAAACGAGCUUGUAAUUUUAUUUUGGGCUGCUGGGGUCAAGGUUGCUGUUGCUGAAAAUGGAAAAAUUAUUUCCUUUCAACCGGUUACGUUAAGAAUUGGAUAUUGAGACGAAACAUGGUAUAUUGGUAUCUUGUGAGAAUAUAAAGGUGGUCACUGUUACUAAAAAUAGAAAAACAAUUUCUACAAAAACUUUAAAUUCAGAAUGACAUUCAUUGUUGCCAAACAUUGUGUUCUAGCAAACCAUGUGCAUGUAUUUAUAAUGGUCCAGAGAUAAUAAAUUAUUUUGUUAAAUAU